GCAGCUCCCAACUUCGUCGAUUGCACUCAAUACAUACAUAUACCAUGGCCAAGAAGACGAAAGCUCCCGUUGCCGUGAAGCCUGCAUCCAGCAGUGACAGCUCGUCGGACUCUAGCAGCGACGAGGCGCCGCAGAAGAAGGUGGUGGUGGCUAAGAAGGGUUCCAAGGCUGCCCCCAAGAAGCCCGUGGACUCGGACAGCUCGUCAGACUCGAGCUCCGACGAGGAGGAGGCUCCCAAGAAGGUGGUGGCGAAAAAGCCCGCCGCUAAGAAGGAGUCGAGCUCCGACUCUUCGGACUCGUCUUCAGACGAAGAGGAGGCCCCUAAGAAGGCCACGCCUGCCAAAAAGGUUGUUGCUAAGAAGGACAGCUCCGAUCCGAGCUCCGAUUCUCCGUCUGACGAGGAGGAGGCGCCCAAGAAGGCUGCCCCGGUUAAGAAGGCUGCUGCUAAGAAGGAAAGCUCCGACUCGAGCUCGGAUUCCUCUUCGGAUGAGGAGGAAGCGCCUAAAAAGGCCGCUCCGGUCAAGAAGGUCGCUGCUAAGAAGGAGGACAGCGACAGUUCGUCAUCGGACUCUGACUCGUCGGAUGACGAAAAGACUGCCAAGCCUGUCGCUAAGAAGACUGCUGCCAAGAAGGCUGAGUCUUCAACUUCGAGCGACUCGUCUUCGGACGAGGAAGAGGUCCCCAUUGUUUCAAAAAAGCGUAAGAACUCGGACGCUGGCGAGAAGUCCAACAAGGCGCACAAGCAGGAGAACGGCGAUGCCGCUGCUGUGGCCAACCCUCAAAAGACCCUGGAGAUCUUCAUUGCUGGUCUGCCGUGGUCCGCCACCGAGGACGAGGUCAAGGAGCACUUUGCUGGCUGUGGUGAAGUGACUGGUGCCCGUAUCCCGCUGCAGAACGGCCGCUCUUCCGGAACUGCUUUUGUAACCUUCGCCACCUCGGAGGCUGCUGAGGCUGCUCUUGCCAUGGACGGCCAGGAUUUCGGUGGUCGCUGGAUGAAGAUCCGCACCGCUGAGAAGAAGAACAUGUUCGACGAGAAGCCGGAGGGCUGCACCAGCGUCUUCAUUGGCAACCUUUCAUGGGACGUGGAUGAGAACACGGUGCGUGAGACUUUCGGCGAGUGCGGUGAGAUCCUCAGCUGCCGUCUGGCUACGGACCGCGAGACUGGCGAGUUCCGUGGCUUCGGACACGUGGACUUUGCCUCCACAGAAGCUGUCGACGAGGCUGUUAAGCUGGCUGGAUCUUACGUGAAUGGCCGUGCCAUUCGUGUGAACUACGCCAAGUCUCGCGACAACAACGGCGGUGGUGGUCGCGGUGGCUUCGGUGGACGUGGAGGCGGCCGUGGCGGCCGUGGAGGACGCGGUGGCUUUGAUGGAGGCCGUGGCUUUGGCGGCCGUGGAGGUGGCCGCGGAGGCGGUCGUGGACGCGGUGGCGGCUUCGGUGGACGUGGCGGACGUGGUGGACGCGGUGAUGGCCCGCCGAAGCGUCAGUCGUCAUCCAUCCAGAACUUCCAGGGUUCCAAGAUGACUUUCGACUAAUUUAAUGGGGCAACCUUCUCAUAGGCCAAGGAUACGAACACAGGGAGGCACCAAUGGCGCAUCACUCGGAAGAGGGGAAGCGCAGUCAGAACCCUCUGUCGCGUAUU